AUGGCAGUGUCUAUACAGGUUGUUGCGGUUAUUACGUUUUAUAUGGUGGCAGCGUUGGUGAUGGUAUUCGUGAACAAGGUCGUGCUCAGAACCGCACCGAAUCUACCCACCAUUUUGUGUGCUUUUCAGUCUAUCGCCACCGUCCUUCUUCUGAGCAUUACUUCGCUCUUUACAUCGCAAGUGCAGCUUCCGACAUUGGAUUACACUACCGCCCGAAGGCUGGCCCCCCUCAUGUUGAUAGAUGCUUCUGGAUUUCUUUUCAAUACUCUAUGCUUGCGCGAUGUCGAAGCUGCCUAUUACAACAUCGCACGGGGCCUCGUUCUCCCUCUCACAAUCCUCGUAGUUUCCAUGCACAGUUUCACUAGGCCGUCAUUAUCGGUAGUUGGAUGUGCCUGUAUUGUCACCGGAGGAUUCCUCGUUGGUGUAUCAUUCGAAAAGGGUCUCCCAUCUCAAGCCGUCCCCGGACCAUUGGCCCUGUUCUACGGGUUUCUAUCAUCGCUAUCUAUCGCUAUGCACGCCGUACUGAUCAAGUCAUCUCUCCCCCACGUGAACGGAAGCGCUACAAAAUUGUCCUAUUGGUCUAAUCUAGGCACAGCAGUACUUCUCAGUUUCACCGCCCUGAUCAACGGAGAAGUCCUGUCUUUCUUGCAGAUGACACAGGACAGUAACUGGGACUGGACUACGUUUGCAUGGGGAAACAUAGUUACCGGAGUCUUUGGUUUUCUCAUCAGUAUUGCAGGCAUACUGAGCGUCAAAAUUACGAGUCCCAUCACACACAUGUUUUCAAGUGCUUCUCGAACAGUUCUGCAAAUGGCUUUGGGUGUCAAAAUAUUCGGAGAUAUCCUGACGACGCGGCGCAUCAUGUCUGCGUCAAUGAUACUACUCGGAACAUUACUCUAUACCUAUGUCAAGGCAAAUGAGCCGAAACCACAAGUGGGUGAGGUAAUGGCAAUACCGAAAGUAAAAGAUGUAGAGUCACAAGCGGCGCCUCGAGAAAAAAUAUGA